CGCCGAUCGAAGCAUCAAUCCAAGGCGGCUCCACUUCCUCUAGCGCCCCAUUCCGAUCGAGUUUGGCUUCGGCCUCGAGGCGACCCCAUCUCUCGCAGCGCUCGUUCCAUCCGCUGCGCGCGCGUCAAUGGCCAGCCUCCGCGUCGCCGUGUUCGCCGCCUCCUGCGCCCUCCUCGCGGCGUCGGUGUCGUCGGCGCCGGCGCCGGCGGUGUACAAGGUCGGCGACGAGCGCGGGUGGGCGGUGCCGUCUGCCAACGGCACCGAAACGUACAACCACUGGGCCAAGAGGAACCGCUUCCAAGUCGGCGACAUCCUGAAUUUCAAGUACGCCAACGACUCGGUGCUGCUGGUGAGCCACGACGACUACAAGCAGUGCAGCACGGAGAAGCCGGUGAGCCGGUUCACGGGCGGCGACACCAAGUUCACGCUCGACGGCCUCGGCCCCUUCUACUUCGUCAGCGGCGUCCCGGGCCACUGCGAGAAGGGGCAGCGGAUGAUCGCGCGCGUCAGGAUGCCCUCCUCCCUGACGGCCGGCGCCCCGGCGGCGGCUCCGGGGAUGCCGCCCACCGUCGGAGCCGGAGGCGCGCCCAGGCCCGCAGCCUCGUCGCCCACCGUGCCGUCGGUCGCGGGAUCGGCCGGAUCCGUCUCCACUCCCACUCCCGCCCCGAGCCCGCUGCCGCAGGCCAGCGGCGCGUCGUCGAGGCGGGCUAGCGUUGUGUCGUCCAUCGUAGUAGGGCUCGCGGUCGUUGGUGUCGUCACUCUGUUCGUGGUGGCUUGAGCUUAGGUGUCUGGUUUCUCGAUCGAUACUCUAUAGUGCGCAAUCGGUUUAGGGAUUAAUGUUAGCUUUUGGAGAUCUAGCAGGAGUGUCAGGAAUUGGUAAGGGCCAUUGGCCUGUUGCUUAGGUGAGAAGACAUAGACUUGGUGUAAUUCGUUUUCGUCAAUAAAUGGUGGUUAAUCCACCAAUGUCACCAUC